ACAAACAACAGGAGACGGAAACUCAGUAGCGCAAACCAAACCUCACGCGUCAGGCCACUCUUUGGAGACAGAAGGCUUUACCAGACCUUCCUUUCCCAAUAGCUUUUGUCGACCUUCUAUAUUGGCUGUUUAUAAUACGAAUAAGACAUGGCCCAGGAGACCAACCCGAACCCCAUGCCCAUGCUGUGUGCCACUGGCUGUGGUUUCUAUGGCAACCCCCGCACCAAUGGCAUGUGUUCGGUCUGCUACAAGGACCACCUGGGCCGGCAGAACGGAGGCGGAGUCAGCCCGCUAAGCACCAUGGGGAUCGUGCCUCGCAGAGACUAUUACGGAGACUCCGAGGACGGUGGUGAUGACGAUGAUUUCGAUUUCCUAUUUAACCCGAACCCUCAACCGUACAUGUAUGAGCCGGAGUACACUGAGGAAGAGCUCCGGGAGAGGAGGGCGAAGGCUGCCCGGGAGAAAGAGAGGGAGGCGGAGAGCGUGCAUGCCAAAGACGAUGCCACUGCCGCUAGUCAGUCAGCUGACUCUGAGCAUGCCGGCAACCAGACACUAACGCCAGUAUCCAGUGGCGUGUCGAGCAGCCCCUCUUCGUCGGAGGUGUCUGUGUCGGCCAUCCAGAGGAUAGAGGCCACCCUGAGCGGAGCCGUCAGCGGAGUGGAGUCAGCCAGUGCGUCAGCAGUGGCAGCGGCGGCGGCAGCAGCAGCGGCUCUUCCGGUCACACAGCAGAUGACUGAAAUGAGCAUCUCCUGCCAGGAGGAGGCGCCAGAGAACAACGCAGCAGAACCAGUGCUGAUCCAGCCCGUGGCCAUCCCCACCCCCGCUACCGCUACAGAGGAGGAAGAGGCCAGAGCCCCCGAGCCCCCCAAACCCAAGAAGAACCGCUGCUUCACAUGCAGGAAGAAGGUCGGACUCACAGGUUUCGACUGCCGCUGUGGCCAGCUGUUCUGUGGUAUCCACCGCUACUCUGACAAGCACAGCUGCCCGUACGACUACAAGGCGGAGGCGGCCGCCAAGAUCCGCAAGGAGAACCCGGUGGUGGUGGCCGACAAGAUCCAGAGAAUAUAAGGAGCCGGGCGGGCGGGCAGCUGGGCACACUAUGGCUGCUACACUACGGCUCCUUACGGCUCCUUAUGGCUCCUCGUCCUCCUUCUCCUCCUCUUGCCCUGUUAGGUCCUCUAUCUCUCUCUCUCUUCCUCCCUCACCGUGAUGGGACUUGAUUGAUUGAUUGACACAUGGACUCGCGUUUGCCAGCGAUUUUAAGAAAAAAGACUUAGUUCCGCCGCCGCCCCCUGCCCCCCAUCCUACCUGCCCUACUUCCCUCAUUUUUGUUGUUUUUAAAAUGCCAAGAUGUGUUCUGUCCUCUGCAGAUGCAUGGAGUGAUCUAUGUUUCUUUUCCCCUGAUCAUUAUUUCAUUCAUUUCUUUUUUUUUGGUCAUUUAUCCCUCUUCCCUACGCCCGUCAUCUCUACAAAUCUUUUCCUAAUAGUUAUUUUGUGGUUAAGCUUCACUUUAAAACGUAAAGGCAAAAAAAGGUCAAAACAUGUUGGAGAGCAGAGCAGAGGCCUGUGGGAGUUUUCGAUUGGCCACACAGUGUUCCUGUGCUGAUGGGGACAAAAAGAAAAACAAGCUCCACAAUGUGAUUGUCUCUGUCCUUCUCCGUGAUUGGUGGGGAAUGGGAGGGAGGGAGGGACCAGGGUGGCGACUAGCCAAUGAGACCCACUGAAGACUGUUUACUCCCGAUCCUGACUGGUGGUCGUCAGGGCAACCUAACAUGGCGGGUAGACAAAUGGCCUGCUUCGUGUGAGUGUGUGUGAAUGGUUGAGCAAGAGUUGGUGUGUGUGUGUGAGUGUGUGUGAGAGAGAGAGAGAGUUGCGUCCAGAUGAGUGUAAAUGGGGCAUGUUUUCACUCGGCAGAAAUCUGCAAGCCUGUUUGUAAAAUGAUGCCACCUCCUUUAAUAGUUUGUUUUGUUUUUUUUCUUUCUUUAAAAAGAGUUCAAGACUUUGUAAACCCAUCAAGAUGUUUUGGCAGAAGUGUAUGGAGAGCGCGUCCUGUUUCGCUUUUUGUUUGUUCGAAUCGUUCACCAUCAUCAGCCUUCUGGACUUAAAAAAAGAAAAGAAAAAGGCAUGAUCCGUUUGCUCAGCAGCACAGGUGAUGCCUCUGAAGUGUGUGAAGUGUGUGUUUGUUUGUGCGCGACCGAUGCGCGUGUGAGAGCGAGAACAGUGUCAUACAGCCAUUUUAGCAUAACCCUCCCUUGCAUGUGAGGCAUUUGGUUGGUGUUUUUAGUUGGCGCUGCACCUAGACUUUGACAUGAGUGUUAACUUAAUGCAACUGAUCUGAUGUAGAUGAGGUGUGUAUGUAUGUCUGGGGGUGUGUGUUGUCUUUUCCUUUUCUCUUCUCUUUAUUUUUAGUGAGUUGUGGGGGGAGGGGAGGGGAGAUGUGCAUGGCUUGUGCUAAAAUGUUUUGUAAAGAUGAACGACUGUUAUUGUUUUGUUGUUUGUUUUUGGGUUAGUAAUAAUAAUAUGGUCCUGUUUAUUGUUUUGAUCCAAUAUUUUACUUGUGUAAUGGACGUUUUUUGUUGAAGUGAAUUCAGUGUGUGUGUGUGUAUGCGUGAGUGCGUUACAGGGUUGCUUGUUCCUUGUGUUGACACAGGAUUUGGAAGUUACUACUUCACUUGAGAGUUGUGUGUGUGUGUGUGUGUCGUUCCUCUUGACUCCUGGGCAAGUGAGAUUACUGUGCGUGUGGAAAAAGGCAACCGUCUUUUUGUCUGUUUUUAGUUUUGCAAGUUUGUACAAACCAUCUUUAUAUUUAAGUAUUGCGCAUAUAAUCUUGUUACCUGACAUUUACUGCUAAAUUGUAUCAUGUAAAUAAAAUUAUGUACAGAGAUAUACGAAAA